CCAAGUUAAAUGGAGGAGAAGGGUGUCUGUCCACAGCCCCCCCAUACGAUGUGACAACGCUCCUCAAACAGUUUUGCAGGGAGCUGCCGGAGCCUCUGUUUCCCUCUGAGCUCCACGCAGCUCUGCUCAAAGCCCAGGCAGCUGUCCAACCUGCAGGACAGGACUUCGGCCCUCCAGCUGCUGUCCUGUUUGCUACCUGCCAGAAACUCCUCGUGUCUGCAUUACCUGUUUGACUUCCUCUCCAAAGUCUCUGCGAGGUGCUCUGAAAACUUGAUGACCAGCUCCAACAUCGCCACAGUCUUUGCUCCGUGUCUUUUGCCGCCUCCCAACAAGGCAGAGAUGUCUGAGGGGCGACUUAAACUCAGAGUUCUCGUCCUGCAAACCUUCAUUGAUAAUCCCGAUUUAUUCGGUGCGAUUCCUAAAGAUGUAAUUGACAGUAUGGAGUUCCUGAUUAACUUCCCUCAUCUGAAAGCUGCAAAGGGAGGACACAGAAAAAGACACAGUUUGAAAGUGAAAACGGUGCCCUGGAUUCAAGCGAGGCCAAAGGUCAAGCUUGGCGUCUCGGAGCAGAGCCAAGAGUCUCCCUCAAGAGCCCGACCAACGCUCAGGAGAAGCCUCGGCCUGGAGACUUUCCCCAAUGUCCUGCUGUUUAGGACCUGUAUGCCUUAUGCAGAGCACAGUUUUAGACCUGCACCGGCGUUGUUGGACAGUCACAGCCCCGUUGACAAAGAGGCAUGCAAAACUCCACAAGAGGGACUGAAAAGAGAUGUUGUUCAUUUCUCCAGAUUCACCAGAGGACACGAUGCAGACGGCUCUCCUGUUCUCACUGGCGUCGGGAAACUGCAGCUCACACCUUGGAGAAGACGCAUUUCACUAUAAUGUUUUAAAUGGGAAGAAGUCAUGUGGGUUGCUUACUGCAACAUUUUAGUUUAUAAUGUCUGAUGGACUAGUUUAUAUUUAUAAAGUGUUUGUUAUUGUCUUGACUCAGAUCUUAAGUUACAUUUUAAUGUGUGUGUGUGUAUAUAUGUGUUUUUAUUGCACAACAGGAUUAUUGUAGGUGAACUGUCACCAUACUUUUAUAUCAAGUGAAUAAAUGUUUAUUUUUUUCUCUUUUACCUCCUGCAU